UAGACUAAAGCUUAACCUGUAUUAACCUACAUAUAGAGUUCCUCAAAGGAAGCCGGGCAACUGCUUACAUGCCCACAAUGCCUUCCCAGUUUGCAUCAGAUUUUCAUUCUAUCAUCGAUAUGGAACGGUGGCACAACAAACUGGCUGUUGUAACUGGAGCUAGCGGCGGCAUCGGUGCCGCCUCUGCUCGGGCAAUGUUGGCAGCCGGACUCCGUGUGGUUGGUCUUGCCAGGCGUGAAGCCAAACUAAAGGAACUAAAGGAGAGUUUGCCCAGUAAUUUAAAGUCAAAAUUUAUACCGCUUCGUUGCGAUGUAUCCAAUGAGGAUCAAGUUCAAAGUUCAUUCGAUUGGAUCGAAAGGGAGCUGGAAGGACCCGAUGUUUUGCUAAACAAUGCUGGAAUAACUCGUGAAACUGAAUUGGUGACACCAGGAAAUACAAAAAAACUACGUGAAGUCAUCGAUACGAAUGUGAUGGCUGUUAUUUGGUGUACCCGUGCAGCAUUUAAUAAUAUGCUUAAACGUGAUGUAGAGGGUCAUGUAUUGAUAAUUAAUAGCAUUGCUGGUCAGCAAGUACUCAAUUUUAUUGAUGUCCUGCCAUCGUUCAAUAUUUAUCCAGCUACGAAGUUCGCAAUUACAGCCCUAACCGAAACGUAUCGUCAGGAAUUUCAAUUGCAUACAAAAAAAGUGCGUGUGACCGGUAUCUGCCCCGGCGCAGUCAAUACAAACAUUUUUCCCGAAGAGAUACAUUUCUAUGUCAAGGAUAUGGCUAGAUUACAGCCAGAGAAUAUAGCGGAUGCCGUACUCUACGCCCUACGAACGCCACCCCAUGUACAGAUCCAUGAUAUCACCAUUAAGCCAAUGGGUGAACUAUUUUAAAGCCUGUACCAAAAGUCUUUG